AUGGCUUUCCUGGGACGUUUGAAUAGUGUGGGUGAUCUGGUGGACUUUGAGGUUUUUAAUGGUAGUCGUUCAAAAAUCCAACAACCACAACAUCCAGCACCUGUUUUUGCUGAGAUAAACGAAGUUAGUAUAUCACCAAAAAAUCACAUGCAGAGAAAGUGCUCCAGGACAUUUGUUAAGACGUAUGAAAGCUCCGAGGGAUGCGUUUCUAGGCAUAUGCCAGGCAGUCCGUCAACAGUACGCUAUGUGCCCGGCUCCGUUUCAGCCAGCGAUAUCAAUUCGAUGGCCGAGACGGAGACGAGCACAUUACGAUGCUGUUCAUCUGACUCAACUGACUCAACGGAAGUCAUGGAAACGGAGACGGAAACCGAAACGCUGCAUUUAAUGUCAGCAGCAUCUGAGACUCGAAAUAAUUUAUUGGAGCGACAACCACUGGAGCAGACUAACCACUUAUCAUGUGAUGAAGUAGACUUGGACUUGGAUUUGGAUAAAGAUUCCAACACAUCGAUGUGUAGCUGGGAAGAGGCAUUGUCACGUCAGCCUCUGCAUUCUCAGACCGACAGCCAAAGCAUUCAAGUGCCUUCUCUGGCAUUGCAAUCGGAGGGUACUUCUGUCAGUUACCAACAUCAUUAUUGUAUGGAUCAAUUGAAGCUGAAUAGACCAGCUGGUGAGGCUUAUGAUAAUUGGCUAUCGGCAAAACGUCGACAGGUUCAGUAUAAACAACAAGCAGCACGGGAUUGGAAGGAGCAACAAAAGCAAAAUACUGCCCUGCGACAGCAACUCUCCGAGCAGCGUUAUCGAGAAUGGUGCAAACGGAAAACGGAACAAUCCAGACGGCGACAAACCCAGUCAGAAAGGAAUAAUGGUCACAUUAUUACUCCACAAAGGACUGAUACUGAUGCCAACGUUCGAUAUUUACAUGCCUGGGAAUUGCAGAAACUUAAGCAGGCUGAGCAACGUCGCCAGCAACAGGAAAUGUUGGCUUUAAGAAGGGAGAAGGAGAAAUUUCAGCGUAAACAGAAAUCGGAGCAAGCUUUUCAGCAAUGGAUGAAAAAUGUGCAUCAACGGCCCAAGCCAGUGCCCCUUAAUCAAGGCCUAAAAACUCUCAGAGGAACCAUAUCCCACAUCUACAUCAAUCCCAACGAAUGGGUUAAUUAA